AUGAUCCCCAUCACGGGCGUGGCAGCUGAACGCUCUCAGCAGAAUCGAGCAGCAGUCGAUCGUAGAUCAUCCUUGGAGACACACAAUGUGGCAUUUAGGCGACAUACCCGUUUCUGGGAUCGAACCAACAAGGGAUACAUCACACCUAUAGAUACAGCCACUGGCUUCAUGAACCUAGGCUACAGUGUCUUUUUCAGUCUUACGUUUGGCACCUUCUUCAGUGUUCUCGUUGCCUAUGCUACCCAUAGCUCAUGGAUUCCUGAUCCACGCUGUCGUAUUAACGUGAAUAAUCUUGCCCGUUCUAAGCGACGACGUGCCAAGCGAUCCUCUUUGUAUGACGAAUAUGGCAACUUUGACGCGAACAAUUUUGAUCAACUCUUUGACAAGUAUGCCCAAUGGGAUUUGAGUGGCAACAGUAUCACGCUAUCCGAAGUCCUUCAAAUGGCCAGUGAGCAAGGAUCGUACGGUGUUAGCCCAACCGCAUGGUCACGAGCUGUUGUUGAGUGGUGUGCACUCUAUUUAUUGAUUGGAAGAGGAGGCGCAUUUCAAAAGGAUGAUAUCCGUGCUGCAUUCGAUGGAUCUCUCUUUUUCAAACUUAGAGAAACGAGAAGACCCACCAUCAAAGGGCUUGCUUCUUCUUCUUCUUCGGCCGCUGGUGCUUCAAACAAUACGCAUGGUGCAAUUCAUCCCACCGACUUUGCAAGAAUGCUGCCACAAGGUGCUGUGCGUACAUUGGAAAAGCAAUUGAAUGCAGCCUUGGACACGUUGCCACGCUCUACCUUGUCGAUGAUUGAAUCUCAUUUUCACAAUUGGGUGCCUGGUGGUGGUAGUGGUAGUGGUCAUGAUGAUGCUAUGCACCACACUCGAUUGGUAGAAUGGGGUGAUGAUGAAUUUGGUGGCAGCACCGGCAGCAGCAAUAGUAAUGCAUCCUCCCCAUCUUUGGUGGCAUCCACAAGGCGGCGAUCCACAUUACAAGAGCAACGUUUAACUGGCACCAAAUACUUUUCAUUGGACAAUCAAUCAUUUGCAUUGACAGGCGUACAAGGUUAUCAUGGCACUACAUCCUCCUCCUACACCUCGGACGAAGAUACCAGCGUAUCCACACCUGAGACUGAAAACAGCACCUUGCCUAUGGUGAUGCUCAGUGGUCUUUGUCCAGAUGGCAUGGAUUAUUAUCGUGAUACCCCCAUCAAAGAUUGGAUUGGUGAUAGUGCACUUGCAGGUGUAGCUCGUAGCGCAAAAGAAGCAUUACCGCCUCCGCCAACCAAUAUGAUGCAACCCAAUCGUAAGGUGGAUUUAAUGGCAGACCUUCAUGAUUCUCAAGACGUUACCUUGAUGGAGCCUACGAUUCUUUCGGGUGUCAUGGUACAAAAGGCUGAUUAUGGAAUCCCUUCAGAAAAGGCAACCAUGGAUGACUUGCAUGCUAUGUCACCGCUCUCAAGCUUUUUGCGUCAACAUGAUGAAGACUCGAUGACCAGCAGCAGGCUUAUGGAUAAUGAUAUCACCUUCAAAAGUGGAUUGACAGGCGUGCGAUACGAUGAAGCGAGCAUGAAUGAAGAGCCUGUUGCAUUAUCAGGUCUACUACGCCAUGAUGACACUUUUACUUUGAGCACCGACAAUGUUGUUGAGCAUAACAAACAAUCGACGACGACGACGACGUUUGAGCCAGUGACCUUAUCAGGCUUGCGAGUCGAUGAUGUUGAUGGUGGUACACGAAGCGGCUUUGUCGAAGCUCCUGUUGACAUGUUGAGUCAUCCAAAGACACCACCAGAGGCAAUGGAGCCUAUUGCUUUGACCGGUCUUUUAUCAUCCAAGGAUGAUGGAUCAAGCUUCUUUGUUCAAGAACCAUCCUCUGAUCUUGCAUUCAAAAAGGAUAAAGUGAUCGAUUUGGAGCCUGUGAAACUAUCAGGGUUAGCCGCCAACACGAUUGCAAACGAAUUCACCCCCUUUGUACAAGAGCCUGAGCAGGAUGUUGUGUUUGACAAGAAGCGUGAAAUCGAUAUCGAACCUGUAACAUUAUCCGGUUUACGGCAAGAACACGACUCUUUUAUUCCAUUUGUUCAAGAGCCUAGAGAGGAUACUACCACAAAAGUUGUUGACAUUGAGCCUAUUUCAUUGACUGGUCUACGCAUGGAUGAUGAUGAUGGGUCAUUCACUCCCUUUGUUAAAGAACCCGCCAACAACAAUGACACCAAGAUACACGUGAUGGAUAUGGAGCCUGUGCAGCUUACGGGUCUUCGAUCGGAUGAAGCUUAUAGCACCUUUGUGCAAGAACCCAAGGUCGAGCCUGUAUCCCUCUCCGGUCUACAAUCGAAGGAUGAUGUUGCCAUGGCUACUACAGUGGUCUUGACUGGUCUACGUGAGAAUGUGGGAUCCGCCUCAUUUGUUGAAGAACCGGCACAUGAUGAACUAAAGACAUCAGCGGAUGAUUUGUUGGACGCUGUUGACCUGCCAUGUCUUAGAACAGGCCUUGACACCGAAUACCUUGGAUUUGUUGAUGUACCUUCUGAUUACGAGCCAAAAGCACCCGUCGAUGUGGUACCUGUCACCCUCGCGUGUUUACGUACAGGCCCUGCUGCUACUACAGAGCAUGCUGCCUUUGUGGCUGAACCCUUGGAUUAUGAACCAAAGUCACCACCCACCAAUUUGGAUAAGGUUGUGAUGUCUUGUUUGCGUGAUAAUGAUGAUGCCAACUAUGCGUCGUUUGUGGAAGCACCUCUUGGCCUUGAAAAGGAACCCGUGGAUCUUGAUGAAUGUGCCAAGCCCGUGCCACUAUCAUGUUUACGUGCCGAUGUUGGCUAUGCUGACUUUGUGGAUGAGGCACUUGCCAACAAAAUCGAAAAGGAGCCAAUCGACCUCGAUGAAUGUGUCAAACCUGUACCAAUGCAUGGCUUACGCUCUGAUGCAGGAUACGCCGAAUUUGUCAAUGCCGUUGGAUACGAGCGUGAUGUUGAGCCUGUCACGCUUGAAGUACCAGCAUUCCAAUGCUUACGUUCAAAGAAUAGCGAAUACCUUGGCUUUGUCAGCGAACCACAGGACUACAAGAAGGCGAUGCAUGUCCCACUUGAACCACCAUCAACAGCAUUUUUGCAAAGUGACAUGGACAACCUAGGAUUUGUUGAGGCUCCAGCAACCAUUGAGCAAAAGCAAUAUGACAUGGAAGUGCUUGGACAACAAAUGGAUCACCUUUCUCUCAGCGGAUUGAGUAAGGAGGUUGGCAUGGAAACGGGUCGCCAUGGUGAUGAUGAUGAGCUCAAGUCCCCCAAGGAAGAAUCAGCUGAUCCCAUUUUAUUGAGUGGAUUGCAACAUCAAGGAGAAUCAAUUAAAGAGUCGAUCAUGGAGAUAUUGCCAACAGUACAAUUGCCUUGGGAAGAAUCUGAAAUGCCCAUGAUGAAGUUUGUACCUGAGGAGAUAGCAUUGACUGGAAUGUCACAGCAACAGCAAAUUGAAGUCCCUCUCAAAAAUUGGCUCAACAUUGGCAGCCUCGUUGGUGUUACAGCAAACAAAGAAAUGUCACUAUACGAAGCACCUGUGGAGAUGCCUAAGGAAGACGUGGUGGAAGAAGUGGAUCUUGAACAAUAUCGUUGUGCUAUCCCACUAUCCGGUGUCAGUGAUUCGGAGCUCACCACUUCCCUCAAAAAUUGGCUCAACAUGGAGGCUCUUCCUGGAACUCUUGGGUCCAUUGUAUCGAUAUACGAAUCACCUGCUACUACCAUGCCAGAUGAUUAUAUCCAGCCAAGCUUAGAUAUGGAUGAUGGACGUUCACCUAUGCUGGGCAUGAUUACAUCUGAUGACAAGACACUCAAGAAUUGGCUGAAUAUGGGUGCAUUGUCGGGGACUGUUGCAAGUGGUCUGUUAUAUGAACAGCCUAUUGAUACCAAGGAUGAACCACCGAAGCUGAAAAAAUCAGAACUUAAGCAGCUCCGUAAACCUGUACCGCUACCUGGGAUCAAGAAUGAGAACGUGCAUCUCAAAAAUUGGCUCAACACAAGCGCUCUCCCUGGUAUUCGAACGACUGAAUCAUCGCGUUUCAUUUAUGGCAAUCCCGGUGAUGAUAUCCCAACUGAUUACAUCCAAGUGCAAGAGGACAUGCAGCAAGAGCUCACAUCACUCUCUGGUACAAUUGCUGAUAUUCCAAAGGCACCACUAAAGAAUUGGCUCAGCAUUGGUGAUCUACCGGGCAUUCAAAAAGACAACACCAUGAUACGCUUGUACGAGGAAGCACAUGAACUUGAGCCUGCUGAUUACGUUGAACCCACAUCUUUGGAUAUGGAAGGUGAUAUCAAAUUGACAGGCGUUGUUGAGAAUGAGGAUACUAUUUCAGAGGAUGACGCAGCAAGGCGAUCGAGCAUGGAAGACACUAUGCAUUCAGAAGACGAGCAUUCUAUCACCACAUCAGAAACCAGCCAUGGCCCUGUACCCCCAUUGUUUACAUCACCCAAGCCCAAACAGCAACUUAGUAAUGAAGAAUGGUCCGCCAUGAAAGAAAUCAUUGAACAAAAGGAAGAAUGA